ACAAAAUGGCGAGUGACAGUGUGGUUGGAAAUGUCAGCGGGAAAAUUAAUCCCGAUCUGCAGAAAGAACGUGUUACUGCGACAUUUGAUGUCCGGGAGCUGUGUCACCUAUUUUACGGAGGACCGGAAAAAUUAAAGCGGAAAAGGGAACUGGAACAUCUACUGUUUAGCGAGCCAUUAUUUCAAGAUGCAGAGAGAGCGUUCAUGUCGAAGGAAGAGAUUUAUGAACUGUCGGUACAAAAGUCUGUAAAACUGUUUGAAUGGAAGCGGCGGUACCAGUGGACGGAGGAAGACUUUGAGAUGGCUGUUGACCUGACAAGUCAUGACUUGGCACUUGGUCUGCAUCACUCCAUGUUCAUUCCCGGGAUUGAACGGCUAGCUACAGACGAACAGAAGGCAAAAUGGCUGCCAUUAGCUCUCAACUUUAAAAUCAUUGGAACUUAUGCACAGACUGAACUUGGACAUGGAACCAACUUGUUGGCGCUAGAGACAACAGCGACCUUUGACCCCCAGACCGAUGAGUUUGUGAUGAACACCCCAAAGAUCACAUCGAUGAAGUGGUGGCCAGGAGGGUUAGGAAAAUCCAGCACUCAUGCAAUAGUAUUGGCCCAACUCGUCCUUCGAGGGAAGAAUUAUGGAAUGCACCCUUUCAUGGUACAGCUUCGAAGUUUAGAAGAUCACACACCCAUACCAGGUGUCAGCGUGGGUGAUAUAGGUCCCAAGCUGGCCUUACAGAACAUUGAUAAUGGCUUCUUGAUGAUGAAAAAUGUCCGCAUUCCUCGAGCAAACAUGUUGAUGAAAAAUUCCCAGGUGUCGAGAGAUGGUCGUUUCAGCACAUCAGGGUCAAGCAAAGCCAACUAUGCCACAAUGAUUCUGGUUCGUGUGAAAAUACUCAAGUGGAUGAAAGGUAUCCUCAUGAAAGGAGUGACCACUUCUCUACGAUACAGUGCUGUGCGCAGACAGUCACAACUUAAACCAGGUACCGAGGAGAUGCAGAUCCUCAGCUACCAAUCCCAGCAGUACAAGCUGUUCCCGGCCCUGGCAGCAGUCUAUGCCUACCAGUUUGUGACGACAACCAUGACGGCCAUGUAUGAGAAGGCUUAUGAAGAAAUCAUAGGUGGAAACAACCGGCUUCUGGCAGAGCUUCACAGUCAGACGUCCUGCUUGAAGGCUCUGCUGUCAGAAGAGGGUUGUGUUUACCUGGAGACUCUAGGCCGGGCAAUGGGGGGACAUGGCUACAUGCUGAUGGCAGGUGGUGGACCGUACUUGCUGAGUGCCAUGACUCUCCCCACAGUGGAGGGAGAGAACACAGUGUUGUACCAGCAGACGGCCAGGUAUCUGAUGAAGCAAGUGGCCAAUGCUCUGUCUGGGCAGCAACUGCAGGGUUCAUCGUCCUACCUGGCUGCUGACCCAGGAUACAUAUGUCCCAUCCAGGACUUCAACAACUGCAGGAACCUUCGCACACUGCUGGACAUCUAUAGAAACAGAGCUUAUGGGAUUGUGACCGGCACUGCUCGUAAGCUUCACGCAGACAUGACAAGUGGGAUGGAACAACAUAUAGCAUGGAACAACAACAUGAUCCGACUAGUCAGGGCAGGGAAGGUCCACAGCCAGUUCUAUGCCCUGGAAUGUUUUGUAGAGGGAGUGGAGACUGCCAAGGUCCGACCUGAACUGGGGGCUGUUCUACACAAGCUGUGCUGCCUGUAUGCCCUGUACGGCAUCUCAAACAACAGCGGAGACUUCUUGGAGACAGAAUCUGUGAAUCUUGCCCAGAUGGAGAUGUUGAGAAGUGUGGAGUAUCAGCUCCUGGCUGAGAUCAGACCUGAUGCUGUUUCUUUGGUGGAUGCUUUGGAUCUUCAUGACGUCCACCUCCUUUCUGCGCUGGGAUGUUACGACGGCAACGUGUACGAGCGACUCUACCAGUCUGCCCUGAAGGAACCCAUGAACAAGACUCAGGUUCAUCCGGUCUACUACAAGCACCUCAGGGGGCUACUGAAGGGCUCCACCCUGUCCAAGCUGUAGAUGCUGGAACAAGCAUGCGUGACCAUCAUCCGGACGUACUGAGAUGCGUGUUCUACACAGUGAUAAAUAGUUAUUGAUGUUUAAUUCAUGUGUUUACCGUGAAAACAAUUGAUGUCAGAGUAGUGUAUAGUCAUUGAUCUUUUACUUCAGUCUUCUACCAAGCGGAACUUGAGAAUAGUACAUGUUUUAUCUUUAACUUUUGAGUUUUACAAGAAAGAACUAGAAUAUGUAGUUAUUCUUAUUUUACAUUAUGUUAUUCCUAAUGACAGUUUUAACAGAUGAUGUAUUUAACUGCUUUUCUGAUUUUAAGAUGAUCUGUUUUACCUUAUUCUUGUAUCUAAAGGUAAUCAUCAACCGGUACCUGAAGACUACCAGACUUGCAUUAUCACAUGAAAAUGUCAGAAUGGAGUUAUGUAUUUGUAAACAGUGAUAACAUGAAACAGAAAUUUCAGUUGAUACGUUGAAAGCUAUACAAGGCAAGUUUUCCACAUAGCAGUUACGAUGCCACGACACUGUCGACAGAUUUGUAUGCUGGUGUUCUGUGACUCCACAUCAAUGAGCUGUGAUACAAGUUCAGCUGCAUCAGAGUGAGUGAGUGAGUUUAGUUUUAUGCUGCUUUUAGCAAUAUUCAAGCAAUAUCACAGCAGGGGGCCACCAGAAAUGGGUGUCACACAUUGUACCCAUGUAGGGAAUCGAACCCAGCUCUUCAGUGUGAGAAACAAACACUUUAACCACUAGGCUACCCGUUGGCCCCAGCUGCAUCUCCCAGCAGCAAGUAAUGACAUCACAUAAGAAAUAUAUAGAGGUUAUCACCCAUGUGUUCUUGGAUGGUACACAUUUACAUGUUGCCACUUGUAUCAUUCCACUCAUCAUUGGAUGAAUUUGCAGUUGAAUUUCAUUAUCAACUCCCUGGGGGAGGAUGCAACCCAAGCUGCCUUAUAAAAUACUGGAACAUUAACACAUUAGAUAUCACAUGCUUCACAGUGCAGGGGUAUUGGGAGUUGGACAUAGCUGAUGACCAAAUAUUCUCACCACUUACUGUAUGUCUAUCAUGAUAUAGAGAUAAUAUUUUGUGCAUUUCCCAACUUGACCAGAAAUAUAUUUAGAUAACACUUACUGGAUGUCUAUCAUGAUAUGGAGAUAAUACUUUGUGAAUUUCACAACUUGACCAGAAAGAUAUUUAUAUGACAUUUACUAGUUAUUGUGAACAACUGAGAUGAUUUGAUAGGCAAACAACUUCUUUAACUACACUGAAUGCAACGUUUUGAGGUAGAGAAUAACACCAUUAUCAAGUGAGCAUUUCUGGUAAGCUGAAGUGUCACAUUCAUAAUAAUGAAGAUACUUGGUGACUCAGUUAAAUUAUCUCCCCUGUUAACAAGGAAUGAUUUGGAUGAUUCAUGUUUCUUACCAGUGAAUCACUACCUCUGUUGGUGUCGUCCCAAUUCUGGUCAGUUCCUGUUUUUUAUCGUGUCCUGUAUUUUAUCGUGUUGUUUAUCCAUCAUUAUAUACUCAUGGGAACGAAUAAGGGAAAACAUGAAAGUACAAGUGUUCCUUUAUCUAUUUCCAGAUUUUCACCCACAUUGCAAUAUAAUUAUAAAGCAUGGCAAGAAACCCGGAAAAGAGUAGAGGAACACUUGCACUUUCGUGUGUUCCUUUAUUUGUUUCCAUGAGUAUAUGUUUGCGAUAGAUGUUGCUGAAAGCAUUGGGAACAACAUCAGACUAAUCUAAUGGCAAUGUAUACCUUGCCUAGUAAUAAUUUGUAAAAUUGAUUAAACAUCCUAGUCAGCUAUUUUUCCAUUUUGUGUAUGCAAUCCAAUUCUAAAUUUUGUGUUUGCUUGAUGUAAAUUUAACCUGUUUUAAUCUCAACUUUUGUUUACAACCUGAUGAUGCCCAUUGGGCAAGAUGUUUGUUUGUUUUAUGAAUUUUUGGCUAAAAUGUUUGGGUUGGUAGGUGGAAAAUAUAUUGAAAUAAAAACUUCAAAUAAAACAACUAAUACCUCAAAAUGUGACAUAGAUUUGUUAAAAUGAUUUUGGGACAGGAUGAAUAGGAAAAGAAAUAAGUUCUGUUCUAUAAGAGACUUGGAUGUGUUGCGAUUCUUCAUACUUUGUUUUAUUUUGAAGUUUUUAAGAUUUAUUUCAUGGAAGUUUUAAUUAUUGUAUUUUGAAUAAUAGAUAUAUGUUGAUACCGAUAGUAAAUGGGUUUUCAACAUUUUACUUGUGGUAUUCAGAAUAUAAACAUGUUGCCAUUUGUAUUAUUUCAGUUUUGAGGAUUUGUAAACCAGAUUU